UGGCGGCUUGCAAGACGAGUCAGAGGCAAGAUAAGAGUUCGUGUAGGACGAGGAUACCGGCGAAUCAAGGUGAAGCGCGGGAGACCGCUAUUCCGAGCGCGAAAACCGACUUGGAAACGAUCAUCUUACAAACGCAAGAAAAGCCGGACUUUGCGGCGCUACAUGCGAAGAACAAGACAGUUGCGACGUGACCGACGACGACAAAGGCGAGUGGAUAGACGUAUACGACGGAGGAGGAGGCGAAUCAGCCCUUUGAAGAUUCAUUAUCGCGGAAAGACGAGAAAAAUCUAUAAAUGGAAGGGUAAUUUAACAUUCCGUCUAAUGGGUCGCCGAAGAAAAAUCAGGUACAGCCCAGGAAAGUUCCGUUUCCGUUACAGGAAAGGUUGGCGAGAAAUUCCCGAGAAAAGUUAUCGCCUUUCUGCCCGCGUGAAAAGAAGAUGGAGAAGGGUACAAGGAUCCCGCGUUCGUAUCGGUAGAAAGUACGCGAAGAUCAAAGUUACACCCCGCAGAAUCCUUAUCAAAAAAAGAAGGAGAUGGAAAUCAUUAAAACGGGCAAAGGUUCGAAGACCCAGGAGGCUGCCUUGGAAAGCUAGAGGCAGGCGCAGAGGACCGCGACGUGGUGUAGUACGUUUUCGGUUUAACCGAAUCUGGCGAUCUGUCAGGCCAAAGGGAGGGAUGUUAAGCUUCCGCAUUAGACGCAAACCAUACUUGUUGAAAUUCCGGAGAAAAUCAGUUUUUUAUCGCUUUAAAAGAGCAAGGAAAUGGCUCCCUGUCAGAAAUGUGUCAAAGAACGUUAAGAUUCGUGUGAAAGGAAGUUACAGGCGUGUGAGGCCAGUCGGUAACAGGCUUGGCGUCCGUUACCGCGGAAGGAGCAGACCAAUUCGAGUCAGUCGUGGAAAACUAAGAUUCCACAACGGUCUUAAAUGGAGACGAACUUCGACUUCUUACGGUCGACAGGCAAGAAAACGGAGAGAACGUAAAGGGUUGCUGAAGCGCUGGGCAAGGUUCAUGCGCCGUAGAAGAAAGCAGCAACGCCGCUAUGGGUUACGUUCUGGAAGACUCCUGUUCAAGUAUGGCAGAAAAUUUAGAAAGGUCCAGAGGAGGAUGGGGCGACUACGAUUCCGUGUUGGUCGUAAAAGAUAUGGCCUUAGAAUUCGUGGAGGGAGAGUGAGUAUACGCCCUGGGAAUAAGCCAUGGCGACCGGUUAAACGUAUCAUUCGCCGCCUAAAGGUGGUUACCCGACGAAAACUACGCUGGAUAUAUCCUAAACGAGGACUACUAAAGAUAAAUAUAAAAGGGAAAGGAAGACCAAUCAGCUUCCGUCGUGGACGUCCAAAGAUCAAAUUUGGCAGGAAGUGGAUAGGCCUCAAUCGGAAGAGGAAAUAUCCCGAAAUGCGACUCAAAUAUAGAGGAAGGUAUAGGAAAGUUCAGAGAAGACGUGGUGGCUGGAACAUAGUAUACCGAGGCAGAUUGAGACGAGUCAUACUGAGAGGAAAACAGUUUGGGAUCCGUGUCAGGGGACGAUGGAGAUAUGUGCCUUCCAGAGAAGGAGCUUUGAAGAUACGUCGCAGAGGAACAUGGCGAUCUGUGCGAAUCUGCUGUGACAAGCCCCGCGCUAUGUUUAACGGUCGUCUUCGAAGAUUACGUCUGCGCAAUGGGAAGGUGAAGAUACGAAGACGACUGGGUUGGGAAAAAAUACCACGGCGGAAUCGGGGCCCAUUUGGUUUUAAAAUGAGAGAUAAAAUCGCUGAACAAGGUACAAAGAAGAAAUCUCUAAAUUCAGAAGAGAAUUAUUUCAUAGAUCCUAGCUCAGUAACAAAAACUUCCGUGAAGCCGCAAGUGUACGAGUCACCACCUACAGCUGCUGACCAGCAAGAACCCGCCUUACCAGAAGCCGAGGAAUCAAGCUUAGGGAGGGGCAAUGGUACGAGCGGCAACGAAAUGUUACUGGAAAAUUAAAACGGAAUAAUUAGAGCAGCAAGAAUAAACUAUUUUCAAGUGAGGGAGACUUAAACGAUUUACUAACUGAUAUUAGUCUAAUUCUAGAGGGUCUCAAUGGGGUUAACCGUGAGCCUUAAUUCAAAAUAGCCUUUAAGCGUAAAAAUUGACAAAUUUUAAUCCAUAGUCACAAAAAAGGUUAACCAUAAAUUUCUGUCUGAUAACCACAAAAGAAAGAAAAUAACGGUUAGCCGUAAAAUUACCCAAAUGCCACCCGUAUGCCGUAAAAGAUAUUACCCCAUUGAGACUCUCAUUCUAUAAUGCAGCGUCACAAGGUAAAGGAAUGAUCAAGUGGACAGUUGGGAAAGGGAGUGAGAUUCCAACCGUUGUGUGUUAUUUACACUUUUCUAGGAAGUUAACAUCUCUAACUCACAAUUUACUAAGCGUGCAUCAAUCGGACGCAGGCGAGAGUUCACUGGUGUUCGUUCAACAGGUUUGGCUAUGUAGCCAGGAAAAGGGAUGGGUCUCUUUCCUCAAAAGAAUUGUUAUUAAACAUGUGGAAUGAUUCGUAAACAGUAAGAGUGCAAUUUGAAAUCAGUGAUGCUAAAUAAUCAGAAGCCAAUUUCUAUGGGACAAGCAGCACGGGACAAACUUAGUUUGGUGAGCGAAAAAAAAGGGAAUUAUUUUUGGGCCUCCGGGAAGUAUUUUUAAUUGUCAUUCAAGGGAGUCCUGCAAGGUAGUUGUGAUGAAGGUUUUUUAGUAUCUCCUUGUU